AUGUUAUUGAACAAGAAAACUUUAUUUUCUGUUGCUACCGUGCUAAGCAGUGCUUUAUCUGCUCAUGCUCAACAAGCUCAACAAGCCGCUCAAGAAGCUACCGCACCUGCUGAUUCCGCUGUCGUUAAAUUAACUACCGAUAAUUUUGAAGAGUUCAUCAAGGAAAAUCCAUUAGUCCUAGCUGAAUUCUUUGCCCCAUGGUGUGGUCACUGUAAACAUUUGGCUCCAGAAUAUAUUAAGGCUGCCUCCGAAUUGGAAGAUAAAAAUAUCCCAUUAGCUCAAAUCGAUUGUACUGAAGAUCAAGAACUUUGUAUGAAGAUGGAUAUCCCAGGUUAUCCAACUUUGAAAGUCUUCAAGAACCACGAUUUGGCUAAUCCAAAGGAUUAUCAAGGUGCAAGAACCGCUGACUCCAUCAUUUCAUUCAUGGUAAAGCAAUCUCUACCUGAUGUCACAGUCGUAUCCACUGAAGAUCAAUUAACUGAUUUAUUAACAAACGCUACAGAACCUAUCGUCGUCGACUCAGGUCUACCAGGUUUAAAUAAAUCCUUCUAUCAAAUCGCUGGUCGUUUAUCUUCAGAAUAUAUUUUCUUAUCAUACACAGCUGAAAAUUCAUCAACAUCAUCAUCAUCAUUAGCAUUAUACUUACCAAAUGAACAAGAUCCAAUCAUCUUCAACGGGGACGCCAAGAAAUUGAGCGCCGAUCCAGAAGAAUUGGUCAAAUGGUUGAAAGUGGAAGCUUUACCUUAUUUCGGUGACAUUGAUGGCUCCGUCUUUAAUCAAUAUAUGGAUAGUGGAUUACCAUUAGCUUAUUUCUUUUACACCACCGAGGAGGAAAGAGAACAAUAUACUGAUUAUUUCACUGAAUUAGCCAAGAAACAUCGUGGUGAAUUGAAUUUCGUCGGUAUUGAUUCAAGAAAAUUCGGUAGACAUGCUGAAAAUUUGAACAUGAAGGAACAAUUCCCAUUAUUUGCCAUUCAUGAUAUGGAUAAGAAUUUGAAAUAUGGGUUACCUCAAUUAGCAAAGGAAGAAUUUGAAAAAUUAAAGACUGCUGCUAAGGUGGAAACAAAGGAAAUUACUAAAUUAGUCGAUAAUUUCUUAUCUGGUAAGGCUAAGGCUAUUGUCAAAUCCGAACCUGUCCCAACCGUGCAAGAAUCUAACGUUUACAAAUUGGUCGGUACCACUCAUGACAAGAUUGUCUUCGAUAAGAAGAAGGAUGUCCUAGUUAAGUAUUAUGCUCCAUGGUGUGGUCACUGUAAGAAGUUGGCUCCAAUCUACGAAGAAUUAGCUGACAUUUAUGCAUCUGAUAAGAAUGCUAACAAGAAGGUCCUUAUUGCUGAAGUGGAUGCCACUGAAAAUGAUAUUGCUAAUUUGAAUAUUGAAGGUUAUCCAACAAUUAUCUUAUACCCAGCUGGUAAGAACGCUGAACCUGUCACUUUCACAUCUGCUAGAUCUUUAGAAGGUUUCCUAGGAUUCAUGAAGGCAAAGGGUGCCAACAAGGUCGAUGGUGAAUCUCUUUAUAAGACUUAUUUAGCCACAAAGAAGGCUGCUGAACCAGAAGAUGAAAUUGAUGAUGACGAUUUAGAUUUAGAUCAUGAUGAAUUGUAA